UUAGGAGGCUUGGCUCGUUGUGCUGCGCCUUGUUCCCGCCUGCGUCAGGGGACCUUCCCGACUCAGUGGCCACCAUGGCAUCAGACGAAGGCAAGCUUUUCGUCGGAGGGCUGAGUUUUGAUACCAAUGAGCAGUCGCUGGAGCAGGUCUUCUCAAAAUACGGACAGAUCUCUGAAGUGGUUGUCGUGAAAGACAGGGAGACCCAGCGAUCGCGAGGCUUUGGGUUUGUCACCUUUGAGAACAUUGACGAUGCCAAGGACGCCAUGAUGGCCAUGAACGGGAAGUCUGUGGACGGGCGACAGAUCCGAGUAGACCAGGCUGGCAAGUCAUCUGACAACCGAUCCCGUGGGUAUCGAGGUGGCUCCGCUGGGGGCCGGGGCUUCUUCCGAGGGGGCCGAGGCCGGGGCCGUGGGUUCUCCAGAGGAGGAGGGGACCGAGGCUACGGGGGGAGCCGGUUCGAGUCCAGGAGUGGGGGUUAUGGAGGCUCCAGAGACUACUACAGCAGCCGGAGUCAAGGUGGCGGCUAUGGUGACCGGAGCUCGGGCGGGUCCUACAGAGACAGCUACGACAGUUAUGCUACACACAACGAGUAAAAAUCCUUCCUGCUCAAGAUCGUCCUUCCAAUGGCUGUAUAUUUAAAGAUUUUGGGAGCUUCGCUGAAUCGUUAAUGUGUAGUGAACACACCUCCUUGUACCCCACUUUUGUAGUCUUAUCCGUUCUGAUCUUGUCAAACACAGCCUGACUGCUUCUGACCCCCAGAUGGCCUCAUUACUAGACUUUUCUUUUUAAGGAAGCGCUGUCCGUUUUUAAGGGUUUUAAAAACGUUUUGAAAAGCACUUCAGAUUUUUUUUUUUCUUUUUACCACGAGCCAUAAGUUUUUUAGGAAAUCAUUGGGGGUUGUGUGGGUUUUGGUUUUGGUUGUGUUGCCUUUUUUGUUUCUCUUUUUAGUGGGGUCAGGCCCGUGAAGUUGGGUGCCCCGAUUCACUUCUCUUAAGAUUGAACGGACUCUGAAUCCGCUUUUUGUCGGAAGCUGAGCAAGCUGUGGCUUUUUUCCAACUCUGUGUAAUGUUUCUGAGUGUGGCUGGUAGGACCCAUCCUGCGGCAGGAGCAGAGGUACUCUGGCUGCCCUGGGCCUGGCCUGUCCGGCCCUUCUGUGCUAUGUAUGACCCACAGUAGACUUGCAGACGUUCCCUCGAGAGGUUCUUGAAAAUGUUUAUUUAUAUUGUCCUUUUUUACUGGAAGACGUAUGCAUAUCCCAUUGAUGUUGUAUUUGAAGUGGUUAAGGAAUUCUUGUACGCAGUUUUCUUUGGCUUCACGAAGCCGAUUAAAAGACCGUCUGAAAUGAA